GCGAUUUGCGUCUUUCAGGCGACGCUGCCAGCGUGACGUGUAAUCUAGUGGACGGUUCUUCAGAAACAGCUCGUCAACCACCUCGGUAGCUUGCUAGACAACAUAGCCGAAAGAUUCAAGCUAUUUAUACUCUUUCCGUGUAUAUUAGCUACUGUGUUUUAGAUACACUUCUGUCGUAUCUACUUGUUAACCUAUUUAAUGUAAUAUUACGUUAUUUUGUAUUAGUCAGCUAUAGUAGCUGGCUGGUUAAAUUAGCACUAGCCUUGUCGCUAAUGAUAGAUAGCUAACAUCCCCGACCAUGUGCUCCCUAAACUACUCCCCUCCUGUUAAAGAAGAGGAGGUCUGCUGGACGGAGAAAGAAGCUCAGGGGCUGAACAUUGUUGUGAAAGAGGAGAAGGAAGAGGAGGAUGUCACAGUAAAAAAAGAAGUAGAGGGUGAGGCUGUUACAGUGGAAGAAGAAGAAGAGAAAGACGUUUCAGUGAAAGAGGAGGAAGACGCGUUCAGAGUGAAAGAGGAGGAUGUUACAGUAAAAGAAGAUGAGGAAGAUAAAGAGGAGGAUGCAGUUUUUGGAGUGAAGAUGGAAGGAGAGAUUACUGUCACCUUGAAAGAUGAAGAGGAGAUAGGAGAUCUGAUUAAUACCAGAGAGGGACCAGACUCUCACAGCGGGGAGACUCCUUCAGGGGAACCAGACCCAGAGACGCCCAAACCAGCGAGACAACACCUCUGUUCCCAGUGUGGAAAGAGUUUUAAGGGGUUAAGGAACCUGAAAGUACACGAGAGAACGCAUACAGGAGAAAACCCUUAUGAUUGCUCCCACUGUGGAAAGAGUUUUACCAAGUUAGAGAACCUAAAAGAGCAUGAGAGGACACACACAAGAAAAAUGUGUUUCCAAUGUUCCCAGUGUGGAAAGAGGUUUACCCAGUUACAGUACCUGAAACAACAUGAAGAAAUACACACAGUAGAUAGGAAUACCUACCACUGCUCUCAGUGUGGAAAGAUAUUUACUGGGUUAGGGAACUUGAAAAUACAUAUGAGAAUAUACUCUGGAGUGAAGCCUUUCCACUGUUCCCACUGUAAAGAGUUUUAGGUGGUAUGCGAGCACGAGAGAAAACACUCAGGAGAAAAGCCUUACCACUGUUCCAAUUGUGAAAAGAGUUUUACCCAUCAAGGGAGCCUGAAAGCACACGAGAGAAUACACUCGGGGGAAAAACCUUACCAAUGUUCCCGGUGUGAAAAGAGUUUUACCCGGUUAGGGAGCUUGAAAAGGCAUGAGAGAAUACACACAUGAGAAAAGCUUUUCCAACAUACUAAGGCACAGGAGGAGAAGACAUACCACUGCUCUCAUUGUGAAAAUACAUUUUCCCAGUCAAAGGACCUGAAAUCACACGGGAGAAUAGAGAGGCUGUGUUCUGACUUAUGUUUUUGAUUGUGAAAUUGUGUUUUUGUUCAUGCUACAUUAAAUCAUAUUGUAUGAAUGAAAUCAUACUGAAAAAUAGAUAAUUUCUUUUGUUCAGCUCAAGACAUGAUCAUGUCAAAAAUCAGAUUAAAAUAGUAAUAAAAAAAAUGAUGUUUUGAUUGUGAAUUUCAGAUUGAUUGAAUGCAAGUGUAAACCCCUACAUGUUGUUCACUAUAUAAUUGUGACAUUUCAAACAUGUUAAUUAUUACAUAGAUUGAUAUUAGUAUUUCUUCAUUCAGAUUGUCAUUGUAAAUGCGAAUUGGUUCUCAGUUGACAUAUCUGAUUAAAUAAAGGUGAAAUAAAGUAAAUGCCAUGUUAUCUUUGGGAAGUCUAUUUGAUUCUAAAUUGGGACUAGAAGAAUAUUUUGAAGAUAAAUACACAAGGCAGAGUACGAGAGAGACAGAGGACGAGGGGUCAAUACAGUACUGACAAUCAAUGGAAAUGGUGUGGUGGGGGUUGGUGUUGAAUGC